AGCAACAGGGCGCAAGACUCCAUGUCAGGAAAAAAAAAAAAAAGAAAAAAGAAAGGAAAUUAAGGUCUUUGGCAUUUUUCUGUACCAUAUUGCUUAUGUAAUUUGUAUAAUUAUAUAGAUUGGAUUUGUAAAGUUUAUUCAUCUAACAAGUGGAGUAAUUUGUUAUUUUUAUUUCUUUCAGUUAUUUGCUCUCAUUUUGCCCAAGACUUUUCACCAGAGCAGAACAUAAAAGAUUCUUUUCAAAAAGUGACACUGAAAAGAUAUGGAAAAUGUGAACAUGAGAAUUUACAGUUAAGAAAAUGUAGUAAGAGUGUGGAUGAGUGCAAAGUGCAAAAAGGAAGUUAUAAUGGACUUAACAAAUGUUUGCCAACUACCCAGAGCAAAAUAUUUCAAUGUGAUGAAUACAUGAAAUCAUUUUGCAUGUUUUCAAACCUAACUCAACAUAAAAUAAUCCAUACGAGAGUAAAUUUCUACAAAUGUGAAGACUGUGGAAAAGUUUUUAAUGGAUCCUCAAUCUUUACUAAACAUAAAAGAAUUCAUAUUGAAGAGAAAUCCUACAAAUGUGAAAAAUGUGGCAAAGUCUUUAACCAGUCCUCAGCCCUUACAACACAUAAGAGAAUUCAUACCAGAGAGAAACUCAACAAAUAUAAGGAAUGUGGCAAAACUUUCAACCAGUCCUCACACCUUACUAGACAUAAGAUAAUUCAUACUGGAGAGAAGAUCUACAAAUGCGGAGAAUGUGGCAAAGCCUUUAGGCAGUCCUCCCACCUUACUACACAUCAGACAAUUCAUACUGGAGAGAAACCAUACAAAUGUGAAGAAUGUGGCAAAGCCUUUAGGCAGUCCUCACACCUUACUACACAUCAGACAAUUCAUACAGGAGAGAAGCCCUACAAAUGUGAAGAAUGUGGAAAAGCUUUUAACCAAUCCUCAAAACUUACUGAACAUAAAAUCAUUCAUACUGGAGAGCAACCCUACAAAUGUGAGGAAUGUGGCAAGGCUUUUAACCGAUCCUCAAAACUUACUGAACAUAAGAAAAUUCAUACUGGAGAGAUACCCUACAAAUGUGAAGAAUGUGGCAAAGCUUUUAACCGAUCCUCAAAUCUUACUGAACAUAAGAAAAUUCAUACUGAAGAGAAACUCUUCAAAUGUGAAGAGUGUGGCAAAGCUUUUAAACACUCCUCAGCCCUUACCACGCAUAAAAAAAUUCAUACUGGUGAGAAACCCUAUAAAUGUGAAGAAUGUGGAAAAGCUUUUAACCGAUCCUCAAAGCUUACUGAACAUAAGAAAAUUCAUACUGGAAGGAAACCCUACAAAUGUGAGGAAUGUGGCAAAGCUUUUAUCCGAUCCUCAAAACUUACUGAACAUAAGAAAAUUCAUACUGGAGAGAUACCCUACACAUGUGAAGAAUGUGGCAAAGCUUAUAAACACUCUUCAUCCCUUACUGCCCAUAAGAGAAUUCAUACUGGAGAGAAACUCUACAAAUGUGAAGAAUGUGGCAAAGCUUUUAACAAGUCUUCACACCUUACUAGACAUAAGAGCAUUCAUAGUGGAGAGAAACCCUACCAAUGUGAAAAAUGUGGCAAAGCGUUUAAACAAUCCUCAAUUCUUACUGAACAUAAGAAUAUUCAUACUGAAGAGAAACCAUACAAAUGUGAAGAAUGUGGCAAAGCCUUUAACCGGUCCUCAAACCUUACUACACAUAAAAGAAUUCAUACUGGAGAGAAACCCUACAAAUGUGAAGAAUGUGGCAAAGCUUUUAAACAAUGCUCAAACCUUACUGCACAUAAGACCAUUCAUACUGGAGAGAAACCCUACAAAUGUGAAGAAUGUGGCAAAGCUUUUACACAAUCCUCGAGCCUUAGUGAACAUAAGAAUAUUCAUACUGAAAAGAAACCAUACAAAUGUGAAGAAUGUGGCAAAGCCUUUAACUGGUUCUCAAACCUUACUACACAUAAAAGAAUUCAUACGGGAGAGAAACCCUACAAAUGUGAAGAAUGUGGCAAAGCUUUCAACCAGUCCUCAAUCCUUACUACACAUAAGAGAAUUCAUGCCGGAGAGAAAUCCUACAAAUGUGAAGAAUGUGGCAAAGCAUUUAACCGGUUUUCAAACCUUACUACACAUAAAAGAAUUCAUACUGGAGAAAAACCUUACAAAUGUGAAGAAUGUGGCAAAGCUUUUAGCCAGUCCUCAAUCCUUACUACACAUAAGAGAAUUCAUACCAGAGAGAAAUCCUACUGAAAUGAACUAACCUGACUCCAUCUUAGAAAUAAGCCUGACAAGCUCCAGCUUAGUUUCUCCCUCCCUGCCACAGGUGCAUUACUGAGUCAUGAUGUACUCAGAGCCUUGAACUGUUGAGGUUUGGGUCAUGCUGUUCUCAGUACCUGUAACCAAUGUAACCACAUCCUGCUUGGCAAGUCUACCUGCUACUGUGAAUACCCCUCUUGGUGACUGAUUGUAUAGAAAGUCCCCCUGGUAACCCCCUUGAUGAUUAUAUGGAAAUGCUCUUAGUAACCAGCAACUAUGGGAACCUCCUGCCUCCUGGUUACCAGCCUCUUCCUACUAACUUGCUUGUUCUGCUUCUGUAAAAUUAUGCUUCAGCUAGGCUCCCCCUCCCCUAUCCUAAGCUAGGUAUGCAAAGAAAUCAAGCCCCUUCCUCAGGGUGGAGAGAUUUUUAAGCGUUAGCUGCCUCUCAGUUGCCAGCAAUAAAGGACUCUCAAUCAGAACUCAGAGAGUAGCGCUUUCUCUAACUCACUGGGUUACAACACUUGGCAAGAUAUGGCCACCGGGCGUGGACUGGACUCGCUCCGAGGUCCCCAGAUGCACUUCACUCCGAGGUGAAGUAUAGGGGAGGCACCCCCUGAGACGUUCCAGAGCCCCAUAGGUCACCAUCCUCCAGAGAUCAGAUCGCCUACUGACUCACCCCUCUAACUUCUUUUCUGAGUCCUCUGUCCUCGUUCACAGAAAAGGUAAGUCAAGCCUGACUCUGUGUUUGGACCAGGGAGGGUCAUUGGCCCUGACGAGGGCCACCUUUCAGGAUUCUGUCAACACUCCAGGAUGCUGGAGGACAGAGUUCGCAGUUCUGUGAGAAAUUUCUGAGGGAAGGGAAAUUUCUCCAGGAUCCUCACUGAUUUU